GAGUCACCGAAGAAGACGAAGAAGAAGCCAAAGCUCCGGCAGCGAUAUUACUUUUAUAUUUUGAUUAUUUUUUCGUGCCCUGAAAUAAUUAUUGGAGCUUCACGCAGGUAGAAAUGGGCAUAAAGUAGUAUUUUAUGUGCAGUUAGAGUCUGUUGCUCGGUGACGUUGCCUCGUCUGGACGGCUGAUACAUGGCUGUGUGUCAAUAAUCCUGCUUGUGUUUACACACUAAAUAGUGCACUAUGUAAUAAAGUUCGGCGGUUUGGGACGCGGCCGCUGCUCCUGUAGCUUUAUCAUGGAAGAGAUUGAAGGAUUCAUUGUUAAAGACGCUCCACCCACUGUUUACUACAUUCCGGACUUUAUAACAGAAGCAGAAGAAGAGUAUCUUUUACAGCAGGUGUACAAGGCCCCCAAACCCAAAUGGACACAGUUGUCAGGAAGGCGACUACAGAACUGGGGAGGGCUUCCUCAUCCAAAGGGGAUGAUUUCAGAGAAGCUCCCUGAUUGGUUGCUAAGCUACACCGAGAAGAUAUCAGGCCUUGGAGCAUUUGCAGGGAAAAGCGCCAAUCAUGUGCUGGUGAACGAGUACAAGCCUGAGGAGGGCAUCAUGCCUCACGAAGACGGGCCUCUGUAUCACCCCACAGUAACGACCAUCACUCUGGGAUCUCACACGCUGCUUGACUUCUACAGACCCGUUGAUCAAACACAGACUGAAGUUCCUCAGACGGAGGAGAGCCGCUACGUGCUGUCUUUGUUACUACAGCGUCGCAGUCUGCUAAUCCUGCAGGACGAGAUGUACGAGUGCUACCUUCAUGGGAUUGGCAGCGUUGCCAUGGAUACUCUAACGGAGAGUGUGGCAAACCUGGCACUGGCAGGAAGACGGGUGGGUGAGACGCUUUGCCGCGGAACCAGAAUCUCCCUAACCAUCCGUCACGUGCCCAAGGUUUGCCGUGCCAACCUGCUGCUCGCCAGGAAGUGACACGAUCACCACCGAGCCGGGCAAACUACGAAGUGACGCUCUCAGAGAGCAAAGCGAACCAGCAGAUAACCUCUGCAGUCAGGACCUCCCUUCCUUUACCGGUCACCUCGUCGUCGUCUACGUUCUGCUCGGAGUUUAUUCAGCUGCGAGAAGGAAACGGUCUUAUUUGACUGUACAUCAUUUCAGCCUGUCGUUUGUGAGAAUAAUUGUCUUGCUAUGUGCAUAAAUCUGUUGUAUUACUGUAUUGUGUCGAUUUUUUCUGUCUUUAUCAAUGUUGUGAGUUGUUUGGAUGUCAUUUGAUGCCAAAACAAGAAAAUAAACACAUUAGACCGCAUUCAUAAAACGUGUUAAGCCUUAAAAUAAAGUUUUAUUUCAGGUGUUUAAA